AUGUCAUCUUCUAGAUUGAAUAUUUUGACGGGGCUCUCCGGUUUCAAGAAAGGCUCUUCCCUGUUUUUGUAUCUUGGAGUCCCUAUCUUUAAGGGAAAAUUAAAGGCGGUUCAUUUGUGUUCUAUUGUGGAUAAGGUCAUUAACAAGCUUGCCUCUUGGAAAGGCUCAUUACUUUCUUUUGCCGGUAGAUUGGAACUUGUGAAGUCCGUCAUUCAAAAUGAGGGCAGACUUGGUAUUCGAUCGCUCACCAAGUUGAAUGAAGCUUAUAAUCUUAAGCUUGCUUGGGAGUUGCAUAACUCUUCUGAGCCUUAA